AUGGCAGACCGUGUUAUUUUGAGCUAUCAUGACUGCUUGAUUCACGAAUCUGACCUUCGACUUUUGGAGGGUCGUAACUGGCUCAACGACUCGCUAUUAGCCUUCUGGUUUGAGCAUUUACAACACGAGGUUUUCUGUGAGAACACUCGUCUCUUAUUUAUCAGUCCAGAAGUGACACAGUUGAUUAAAAUGGGUGAUCCAAAUGAACUCCCAAUUUUCUUAGAUCCUCUUGAAGGCCAGUUCAAAGAUCACAUUUUUCUCCCAGUAAAUGAUAAUUCUUCAGUCAUUGCUUCAGGUGGGAGUCAUUGGAGUCUCCUGAUCUAUAGUAAGUAUGACAACAAGUGGUAUCACUACGAUUCUCAGAGGGGAUGCAAUUUCCGUGAUGCCCGUUGUCUCGUCCAGAGGAUAAAUUCAUAUUUGGACCGAGAUAUUCCUGCUACAUUAGUGGACGCUCAGUGUACCCAGCAGGAUAACAGCUACGACUGUGGAGCUUUUUUGUUUAUGACGUAUGCUUACCGGGCAGCGGAGCAAGCCGUCAAA